AUGGCCAGUCAGAACGUGCCCGCGCCCGAGAAUGAGCAGGAUAACGCCCCAGAAAUGACAGACCCCCUCCAGCCCGGUACCUUCGACAUUGAUGAAAGAAUGACCCGGGAUUACAAGGAAGCCAUUGACAAAACCGAUGUCAUCAACGAAGAUCGCCUUCGCCGCGCUAUGCCCCAGACUUCCACCAUCGACCAGGAACCAUCUGAGAAAGAAAUUGAUAUUUCUUGGCGACCUGAUCCAUCGGGCCAUCCGCGGAGGACUUUCUAG